AUGACGGGAUUGGAGGACGGCGACGUCGCCCUCGAGGCUAUUUCCGCGGUGGAUGCUCUUAUUGAGCUGGACUCGAUGUCCUUUGAAGAGUUUGGCGGUGCCUUGAAGGCAGGCAAUUUAGCCGAGGUGGUUAUUAUAAGACCGAACGAGGAGAUUUAUUCGUCGUCGCUUCUGAUUGAAGCUGUCGUGGUGGACACUAAGAGAUUGCUGAACGCACGAAUGGGACCGUCGAUCUUGAUGGAUCACUCGGAUCCGUACUAUCCUUUGAUAAAAGAAUUCGAAGACGUCGUCUCCAAGGACCCGCCGUCAGCCCUACUCCAGACCGAGGUGCGCCAUGAAACUGACCUGGUUACGGGAACCCAGUAUUGCGUAACACGCCAAUGA